UAUGCGUUAAUGCAAAUAUUGAACCGCCUCACUUUCUUCCAAAGAAGAAGAAGAAGAAAGGAGAAAAGAAAAAAGAAAAAGAGAGAGAGAGAGAAAAUAUAUGCGUUAGGGUAAAAUCGAGAGGCCGAAGCCCAGCCGCCGUCGCCUCCUUACAUUUUUGUGGAAGCUCGGCGGAGCAUACUGAAACCAGUCGCCGGAGUUAGUCCGAGCUAAUCAGAGCAACCAACCAUGAGGCCGAUUCUGAUGAAGGGUCACGAGAGGCCCCUGACGUUCCUCAAGUACAACGGGGAGGGCGAUCUCCUCUUCUCCUGCGCCAAGGACCACAACCCCACCGUCUGGUUCGCUGACAACGGCGAGCGCCUCGGCACCUACCGCGGCCACAAUGGUGCCGUCUGGUGUUGCGAUGUUUCCAGGGACUCGAUGAGGCUGAUCACAGGCAGUGCCGAUCAGACGGUGAAGCUGUGGAGUGUGCAGUCCGGCACCCAGUUGUUUACUUUCAAUUUCGAUUCCCCGGCGAGGUCGGUCGACUUCUCUGUUGGUGAUAAGCUCGCCCUGAUCACCACCGAUCCCUUCAUGGGCCUCACUUCUGCUAUCCAUGUGAAGCGCAUUGCCAGAGAUCCUAAUGAUCAAACUGCUGAAUCCGUCCUCGUCAUUAGGGGGCCACAGGGAAGAAUUAACAGAGCUGUUUGGGGACCCCUCAAUAAGACUAUUAUAAGUGCUGGUGAAGAUUCUAUUAUUCGCAUUUGGGAUUCUGAGACAGGAAAGUUACUAAUGGAAUCUGACAAGGAAACUGGGCAUAAGAAGGCGAUUACAUCACUCGCAAAAUCUGAUGACGGGUCACAUUUCCUCACUGGUUCCCAUGACAAGUCUGCCAAGCUCUGGGACACUAGAACGCUCACUCUUAUCAAGACUUAUGUGACUGAGAGACCAGUUAAUGCUGUCGCGAUGUCUCCACUUCUUGAUCAUGUGGUGCUUGGUGGGGGUCAAGAUGCAUCAGCAGUCACAACAACUGAUCACCGUGCAGGGAAGUUCGAGGCAAAGUUCUUUGACAAGAUCCUUCAAGAAGAAAUCGGAGGUGUCAAAGGACACUUUGGGCCCAUCAAUGCUCUAGCCUUUAACCCUGAUGGCAAAAGCUUCUCAAGUGGAGGGGAAGAUGGUUAUGUGAGGUUGCACCAUUUUGACCCAGAUUACUUCAAUAUCAAGAUUUAGAAGCAGACUAUCAUCGACCCACUCUUUGAUGGAGACCGGAAGUGCUAGAAAGUUCUGCAGUCUUAUCCUGAUCCGCAUAACUUUCUUGGUAGCGCUAGCGCUCGGCUAUUUGUUCUCAAAUUUAGUGUUAAAAUUUUUGGCGGGCAUAGUUUUUUGUCAUUUGUUUUUUGUUACUCUGGCUCGGCUUUCGAGUCAAUACUCACUGAACAUGAUAAGUUAUCAGAUGGAGAGGCUGAGAUUUGAUGAAACAGCUCUCAAAAGAAAGCAAGUUUGUCUCAUAAUCCUUAAAAUCUUUUUUUUUGAUGAA